AUGUCUGGUCCAUUCUCUGUUCGUCAGUCGUCGUGUGUGCCAUGCCAUGAACUGAAUGCACACGCUUCACUCGAGCCAGGCGUUAUCCGACCUUGCGAGCUGAAUUGGCGUCGCUCUGUCGUCUUCUCGCUCUGCUUCUUUUCUCAACCAGGCGUGACUGGCUUCGCAUUUCGAGCCUUCCCGAUCAAUACAAGCCUGUCUCAGUCCUUAAAUUAUGUAGGAAGGAAUUUAAGCACUGCGGCUUUUAGGCCUGAGGUUGUCGUGGUCGUGCUGAGGCGACCACCGCUUCAUUUCCCAUCUUUCGUCUCUGCUCUUCUACCGGUCCAGCAACUCUGUCUCAAGCAUACAAAAAACUAUGCCAGCCAGAUUCGCAUUUGA